UUGCCAUCACCUUGGGAUCAAGAACAACUUUGACCAUAUGCGCUACUUCAAGUUUGCCAGAGUGAUUGAGGUGGGAACAGAGCCGAACAGAAGAAAACACAUCUGCUUAAGGGAAAAGGAGGUGUGGAAUCUCUAUGAACUGUUCCAUACAAGGCUCCUUCUUCACAAACGAGUCUGUCAUCACAAAGUAACCACUAAUGUAGAGAUCAUGAUCACAGAUGCUCUCUUUAAGGCAAAAGACCUCAUCCCGAUUGUAGGAGCAGAUGGAACUUCUGCUGAAGAGGCUGACAUGACGGCCUACAGCAAGUUGACAGAUCAAAUAACUGAAAGGAUACUGGAGUCCACUGAUGAAGGGAUGCAACAGUCACAAACGAUUCUAAAAAGAAUCAUGACUCGAAAAUUGUACCGGUUUCUUGGUGAAGCCAAGGUGACUAACAUUAACAAUUCCCCUCCUGCAGCACAAUGCUACCUACUUUAA